GAUUAGCGUUGAUUGACUCAUCCUCCGGAGCUAUAAAAGCCCCCGGCCGCUUCACAGGAGCCACCGUUUGGUCCAAGAACCCCAGGAGUCCAGGUUGGUCUUGCUCGUCUGCAGCCAUGAAAUUCUCCCUUGUUGCCGCUCUUGUCGUUGUUCUGGCCGUUGCCCACGACUCUGAGGCCCUGUCUCUGGUGAAGCGGGACGUCCAGACCGACGUGGACCAGAUCACCAAGCUCAUCAGAGACAUGUCCGCCAGCAUCACCAGCGCCACCCAGGACAUGGUGGAGAAGGUGAAGGCUCUGGAGGUGACCAGCACAGCUCAGAACUACAUGGAGGACAGCAGGGCUAAGAUCCUGCCCCUGGUGGAGAAGGUCCAGACCGAGGCCGCCAAGCUGCAGGAGCAGGUCAAGCCCUACAUCUCCAACAUCGAGGACCAGAUCCAGCCCCUGACCGACAACUUCGCCUCCCAGGUCAAGCCCCUGACCGACAACUUCCACACUCAGGUCAAACCCCUCACGGACAUGAUGGAGAAGUUCUUCAAGCAGGUCGUGGAACAGACCAAGGUCCUGAUGCCCCCCCAGUAAACCUGCUGGUUCUCCCCAUGCCGGGCUGUAAGAGCUGAAAUCUGUUGCCAUUAAAUGGAUUUGAGAGUCGUA